AAUGGAAGUUGACGAUUUCGCCGACCUAGCUAAUGCUGCUCAGCAAUUAACAGCUGGUAUGACUCCAGUGGGACAACUGCCAAGAGUGGAACGGACUCUUUUUCAAAUACGAGAUGCAGCAGAACGAUUAGCAUCUAAAACGACACAAGUUGAGCAAGAAAGUAAAGUCAAAGCGUCUUUGCUUUUGGGAUCGAAAGGCUUUGAUCUACAAACCAUGUCUCAAAAGCUAUCGAAUAUUAGUUCUGCAAAAACUUUUGAGCCACUAGAGCCGGUACAUGAAACCGACAUUGAAAGUUUUUUAAAGAACGAAAGAGAAAAUGCUUUACUUAGUGCGAUUGAACAUUCUCGUCGAAGGACGGCAGAAGAAGUUGAGAAAAAUCACUGGGAAUGUUUAGAAUCUGAAUGGGAGAGGGAGAAGCAAAAACUAUUAAAUGCUUUAGUUUCUGGACAAGAAGCUCUAGAACUUCCAUCACAAGACAUAACGGCAGCAGAUUAUACAUUAUCUCAUGCUCGAAGUUCAAUGAAUCAAAACGAAUUGCUAUAUGCCAAACAAAUAGAGUUAUAUAAUAAGAAUACUUUAAACAGAAUACUUGAUAAUGAUCUUGUUAAAAAGUUAGAAAAGGCUGGAAGCCAAAUGAAUGAUAAUAGCAUCGAAACAUUAUGGAGAAUGGUUAGGAUUGUAACGGCCAUAUCGAUUCCUUCAGAAGCCAAUGCGUUAGCUUUCAGAAACGGUUUCAAAUUCCAAUCUGAAUUUAUACGUAGAUGCUUGAAUUUACUUGAAGAACAGUACGCAACAUAUUUAGAAAAUAUCGUUAAUUCAAAUAUGUAUUCUGCACAACGAGGAGGAAUUCCAGGGACCUUGAAUACAGUCAAAUCAUUUUUAAAAGUCCGCCUACGAGAUCAGUUCACUGCUAGUUUAGUAGAAAGAACCACAGAUGGCAAUCCGGUUUGGCCAGCAAUCUUCUAUUGCCUUCGAUCAGGAGACAUCGAUGGGGCAAUUGAAGUGGCGUCAAGUACGUUAAAAGGAAUUGGAGAUAUCGCAAACUGUUUGAAAGAGUAUAAAAACGGCUUAGGUACUGAAUCUUUAGCCAAAUUGCAAAUUGAAUAUGCUAGAUCAGUAAAAGAUAGCAAAGAUCCCUUCAAACGAAUUGUUUAUUGUGUUAUUGGUCGCUGUGAUACUCAUGAUGAUCAUAGUGAAGUUUGUGAAAAGAUAGAUGACUACUUGUGGUUGAAAUUAUCUCAGUGUCUCCAAACACCUUCCGAUAAACAUGACUUAUCCUUAAAUAAGUUGCAGUACAGGCUAUCAGUGGAAUUUGGCGAAAAUCAUUUCAAUGCCCAGAAUAAUCCAUUUUUAUAUUUUCAAGUACUAUUUUUAACUGGCCAAUUUGAAGCUGCGAUUGAAAUCUUAGCCAGACAUGAAAAAUUCAGAUGUCAUGCAGUUCAUGUUGCUAUUGCUCUAGCACAAACUGGAUGUUUGGCUGUUCCAAAGUUAAUGCAAGGUCAACUUUUAAGUAGAGAGGCUUCAGAUGAAAAGCCUAUGUACAGAUUAAAUUUAGCGAGGUUAAUCUGCUUGUACACAAAAAGUUUCGAGUCAGUAGAGCCUUUACAAGCUCUGGAAUAUUUUUUUCUUUUAAGAAAGUACCAAAAUGCAAAUGGAGAAAGCUGGUUUGUUACAUACGUUUCGGAAUUGGUCACUGAAACUCGGGAGUUUAAUCUUUUAUUAGGGAGUUUCGGUUCUGAUGGACGAAGAAUGGCUGGAGCAAUAGAUAAGUUCGGUGUAGACUCACAACAAAUGAUUGAGACUGUCGCUAGAAAAACUGAGGAAAAUGGAAAUAUAGAGGAAGCUGUAUUUUUAUAUGACUUAGCUGGGAACACAGAUCUCGUUGUAAAUCUUCUAAACCAAUUGUUAGUGCCCGUUGUUCGCAUACAACCGCCUGCCACAGAGGAUUAUACUAAGUGUACCCAAGUUUUAAAUGAACUUCAAAUUUUGCCUAUUAAUGUUGAUGCCGUGGGUCAAAAACUCAAGUUGUUUACUAAUUAUUCUGAUGAGAUAAGAAAAGUAAUUCCUGACGUCCUGAUUGCUGCCAUGCAGAUGCUUUUAGCUCAGUAUAAACUCGCAAAGGAACAAAGUACUGCUAGUUUGCUAAUGAAAUCCCGAAGAACUAGAGAAGAAGCGGGUCUAGAAGAACACUUGAAGGACUUAAAGAUUCGAGCCAAGGCGCUUAUAACUUAUGCUGGGAGUUUACCUUACAGACUACCGGGUAACACCAACGCUAAGCUUUUGCAAAUGGAGGUCCUCAUGAAUUAA